GCAAAAUUUACAGUUGAAAGUUUGAACAUAGUAUAAAAAUAUAAACAUCAUUGUAAAACCAAUAAAUUCCUCGCUAGAGUCAGAAUCUAAAAUAUAUAUUUUCAUAUAUAAAUUUUUAAAUUUUGUUUACUCACAAUAUAGGUGAUCUUUAAUCAACUGGGACCACCGGAUACAUAUUCGUUUUACCAAGUUCAUGAAUAAAUAAUAAAUAAACCGCAAUGUAGUUAACUAAAUCUCAAAUUGGACUCGAAGAACGAGAGACUAGAUAUUUAAAUUUUUAAUCAUAGGCUGUACUACACAGGUAGUUAAUAGUGUUUCAAAGUUUUGUAACUAGUUUAUUUAAUUAAGAGUCACAAUUUUCUUGUCUUGUAAAACAAAUCUGUUUAUCUUUUGAACCAUUUCGUCUAUUCUGAAUUGACUUCAACAUUUUAAAGUUUUUAAGUUCUAUUUUCAUUUUUCACAGCCUCGGCCACCACCUUAAAUAGAAUUCUAAAUUAAAAAUUCUAUGAUUAUUGAUUGGUGAUUAGAGAAUCGUGAUUGUAAAUAUUUGAGGUUAUAUUUUUGUGAUUAUUAAAUUAUGAUUAUGUAGAUAUCAAAAAUUGAUCAAGACCAUACAUAUCAAAUAUAUCUUUAAUAUUUAUGUUCAAGACCUGAGUUAUUUUAUUGUAUUAUCAUGGCCUUGAAGAUUAGAGAUCCCUAAUCUUUAUGAUCAUGGCCGUCAUUAAUAAUAAAUAAACCGUUGCCUAUGUUAUGAACUCUAAAUGCCUGAUCCUGUGAUGGUAUUUCAUCGUUUUCGUUAAUUUUAUUCCCUACUUCAUUUAUGAUUUGCAUUAUAAUCUAAUUAAAUUUUGUUUCUACUUUCUUCUACAAAAUCAAAAAAAAAUAUAAUUUCUUUCAUAGUGGAUGGAAUAUUAGAACAAAAACUUACUGCCUACUACGAAUAGUCAAAAUGUCCGCAAAGGUAAAAUAUUUUUUUUUUUAUAAUGUAUAAUACUUUUACAAAUUAAUAUUUUGUUUAUUUAAUUGUACAGCUCGAAUUUGCCGUACAAAUGUCAUCCUUAUCGUGUACCAAUAAAAUACUUGAACAACUCAAUAAAAACGGUAUUUCAAAAUCUGACAUUCAUAUAUCUUAUGAAACUGGAACGGUUACUGUCUGCACAAACCAGCCGUCUUCUGUUAUUUUAGAUUCUAUUGAGAAGACUGGUAUAAAAGCGGUACUAAAAGGUUAUGGAAGUGCUACACGUAAGAAAAUAUUAUCCUAUUAUCCUAUAUUCUCUUUAUAAUAUAUUUAAAAAAAAAGGGAACAAUUCUAGUUUAGCAUAUUAGCGAUUUGUUCAAAAUGUGUUCACAUGUAUAUUGACUGUAUAAAAUACCAAAUAAACUUUAUUUGGAAGUUAUGAAAGAAAACUAACAAAAAUAAUUUUUUUCGUUAUGCACACUGUUUAGUGACAAUUUAAUAUUUAUUUUAAAAAAUUUGUUUUUUAAUGCUUUAUUCAUUGUGAAUAAACAAAAAUGACCUAUUGUAAUUACAUUUUGAGAUUUUUUUUACAUUUACCUUAAAAAUAGCAUUUUUGGAAUUUGUCCAAAAUGUGGUCAACAUUUUACAUUAAAGCUUUUAUCUUUUAUUUAUAUGUAAUUUUUGAUUACAAGUUUAUUUGUUGAAGUCAAAAUAAAUAUAUUUGAGUUAGUUGUAGAAUUACACACGUUAGCUUUCUAUACCUAAUUAAAGGUGCACCUUAUAAAAAAAAAAAAAAAACAAUUCUAAUUAAAAACAUUUUAUUUUAAUAUUACUCAUCCUCCGUCUCCACAGAUUUGUUGUACAGAAUCACAUUGCGUAGGUAAUUGGGAGAAACCAUUGCAUUUUGGGUACACUUAUACUUGCUACGUUUAUUCAGACUGUUUUAAUCAGAAAUAUCCUCUAAUUUUUUGCGAACUGCUCCUGCAAUCAUUUAAACCAUGCAUUGUGUAUUAGUCCAUAAAUACUAUUUUUAAAGUGAAGUACAAAAGCUCUAAAAAUACAAUAAUAAAUAAGUUUUGAUUAUACUAAUGAAUUAAGUAUUAAAAAACACACAUUAUGAAAAAAAUGUUUUAAAUAUUAAACUCUAAUAAAAAGAAGCGAAAUGAAAAAUCAAACUUUUUGAUGUCUUCAUCUAUUACUUCAAAAUGAAAAUAGUCUGGUCUUUUUAAAAAUAUAAAUGUAUAUUUUUAUUUUUAUUGAAGACGACAAUAUGAACUUGGGUGCUGCUGUUGCCAUGCUGGGAGGAUCAACUGGUCAUAGUAGUUUAGGUAUAAAUGGCAUUGUCCGGUUUGUUCAGAUUAAUGAAAAUGAAUGUAUAGUUGAUGGCACUAUCGAUGGAUUACCUCCCGGAAAACAUGGCAUUCACAUUUACGAAUGUGGUGAUUUAUCAAACGGAUGUAAAAAGUAGUGAAUGAUUAAUAUUUCAUCAUAGUUAUUUUAUAACUAACUGAUUUUUUUUUUCAGUAUUGGAGAUCAUUUUAGUUUGAAACAAACACCACAUGGAAGGCCAACCGAUGACGAAAACCUUAGGGUAUAGAUUAAUAACUAAAUAAAUAAUAUUUUGAUGAUAAGUCAUUCUUAUCACAAUUUUAUUUACUUGCUUACCCAUCAUGUUCCAUUUGAUAAACAUUCAGUUACCCUCAUAUUAAAACCUAUUUACCAAAGUGCAUGUGAGUGCAACUAAUCUCAUACUGUUUUUCUCUCCGUUCUUUGCCAUUAAAAUUAUACUCUUCUUUAUUUCAUAAUCAUUAGUUGCCUAUAAAAGUUGUAUGCUUAUAUUUUUGUUUAGCCAUUCUCUUUUUUUUUCUUUUAACUUUCUUUGUCUCUAUUAACUAACUUUUAAAACAAGAAGUAUAUUUAUAAAGUUUGUGUAAACAUAUAACAGUAAAAUGAGUACAAUCUUAAUAAUAUUUAGAACUAUGAAUUUAAGGUACUUUAAAACAUGCUUUUAAAAUCCCUAAAAAAAUAUUACAUGAUUCAAUUAAAAUGUCAAAAUAAAUUGUGGAAAUCCUUGAAUAACCUUGUAGUUAGUUUAACAUUUUUAUAAUAUUAUGUCACAAUUCAUCACCACAAUUAAUUUUAUCUCAUCAAGUCAUGAUAAAUCAAAAUUGUACUUACUUGUGUAAAUUUUUUUUCAAAAACUAAUAUAAAAUAUAAGUAUCAUGUAUAUAGUCUGAUUAAAUAAAAAAUAUGUAUUUCAUGUAAAGAGAAAAAUAAUGUAAAAUUAAUUCAAAAAAGAAAAAAGUGAUCUAAUACAUUUCAAAUGUCAAUAAAUCAAAAUAAAUGUUAAGAAUGCUAUGUUUAAAAAUUUGUAACUUUCUAAAAGUAAUUCCAUUUUACACAUUGUAUAAACUGAAUUAAUAUUUUACAGCACACUGGUGAUUUGGGAAAUAUCACUGCUAACGAAAAAGGCAGAGCAAUAUUUUAUUUUAAAGAUAAAUUAAUAAAUAUAUCAAGCAUAAUUGGUCGAUCAGUUGGCAUAACAGAAUAUGAAGACGAUUUUGGUAAAACCAAAAUAAAUACAUCGGAAAUUGAUGGAAAUAGUGGGAAAAAGUAAAAAAUUGUUUAUCAUAAUUGUUUCUAAAUUAUUAACCUAUUUAUUUAAACAAAGUAUUAUAUUUUCUAGUCGUGUUUUAUUCAUAGUUAUUUUUUUUUUUUUUAGAAUUGCUUGCGGCAUUAUUGCAAGAUCUUCUGGUUUGUUUGAGAAUAAUAAAAAGAUAUGCGCUUGUGAUGGCGUAACUCUAUGGGAAGAAAGGGAUGUACCAUUAGCUGGACCCAGCCGACAAAGAAAAAUUAACAUUUAAACAUUUUACUUUUACUUGGUUUACAUUGAGUGUAUUUAUUGAGGUAUAUAUUUAAUAAAUUAUGUAAAUAUCGUUAUUUAAAUAAUAAGAAGUGUUGGUUAUAUUAUACUUGUGUUGUAUAUGAUUAAUAAAAAUAUAAAUGUUAUAAUUUUGUACAAUUUUUAUAUGUUUUACAAAAAAAGUCAGUUUUAAAUAUCAUAUUAUACCUGAUGUUGAAUUAUUAAUGUCAAUGUUAGUCAAACUAGAGGACGGCGAUUCAAAUUGUAUAGUUUUCAUAGCUUCAGCAACUAGUUGUUGUAAAUUUUUCGGUAGACUAUUCAUUUCAUUGGGAUAUUCUUCCAAAUUAACAUCUGAAAAAAAAAGUACAUCAUGAACUUGGCA